AUGAGAUCUCUGCAACUCCAGGACAGACAGUCACCAUCUCGUGUAAAUCCAGUGCUAUUAUCAAUGACUACUUACACUGGUACCAGCAGAAAGCAGGACAACCUCCAACACCGAUUAUCUGGCGUGCAACCAAUCUGCAGUCUGGAGCCCCAUCCAGGUUCAGUGGUUCUGGACUUGGAAUAA